AUGGUCAGAGCAUCUCUAUGUCUUCUUGUUCCCUUCCUUCUUCCUCUGGCUACGGCUCAGAUUUACGGAGGAGGAGGAGGUGGUGGAGGUGGUGGUGGUGGUGCCACCACAACCAAGAUGACUGCGACCACGACUAAGAGCAGUCCCUCUUCAAGCUCCACCCACUCUGUUAAUGUUGGAAAGAGCGGCUUCACCUUUUCCCCGAAUUCCAUCACCGCAUCUCCCGGAGACAAAGUCGAGUUCCACUUCUUUCCGGGCGACCACUCGGUGGUUGAAGCUGCUUUCAACAACCCAUGCCACCCAUUGAGCUCUAGCAGCUUCUUCAGUGGAUUCUUCCCUGGUGGUUCUGAGUCGUCCAAGGUCUUCGUCCUGACCGUUAACAAUACCAAGCCCAUCUGGUUCUACUGCGCACAAGUUGGGCACUGCCAGUCCGGAAUGGUUGGAGUGAUCAACCCACCGUACAGCGGCCCGAAUACCCUCAAUGCAUUCAAGAAGGCGGCGUCGAGUGCAAAGGGUUCCACCGUGCCAGCCCAUGUCCAGGGAGGUAUUAUUCAGGCCGGUACCGGUGAUACAUCUGAGUCCACUAUGGACAACAUGAUCCGUUCAAAUGACGCACUGGGUGUGCGACCGUGGGCUGACCUCAGUGUCUUGUUCGUUUUGGCUACCAUGGUGGCCAUGUUCAUGACGUAG